GAAAUGCAUAUUGCACCUUCUUCUUCUUCUUUUCUUCUUCUUCUCGAAUUUCUCUCUAUCUCUUAACACACUCUCUAUGAUGUUAUCCAUGGCAGUUCAACUUCAGCCCAAUGUUCAUUUCUGUUUCAAUACCUCCAAUUUCACUGCCCAACCCGCUUCAAAACCAUUCCAACUUCCUUUUGCUGUGAAGCAAAGAACCACCGCUUCUUCCUGCAUUCCCAACUUUCAUUCUGUUUUUGGCUUGAAAUUGAGGCGCCAGAACUUACGAACUCAAGAAAUCUCUGCUUCUGCUGUGUCCACUGAAGCUGUUGAAGCUGCUUCAGAAUCGCUUGUUACUGAUGAUUCCGAUUCCGUCUCCUCUCCUGUUAAGGAGAAACUGGGAGUGGUUGUAAAACCGAUGGAAAAGCCAAGGCUUGUGCUAAAGUUCAUAUGGAUGGAGAAGAACAUUGGUAUUGCACUUGAUCAAAUGAUUCCUGGUCAUGGAACUAUUCCUCUUAGCCCGUACUACUUCUGGCCUCGGAAAGAUGCAUGGGAAGAGCUCAAAGUCUUACUUGAGAGCAAGCCCUGGAUUUCUCAAAAGCAGAUGAUUAUCCUCCUUAAUCAGGCAACUGACAUCAUCAAUUUGUGGCAGCAGGGUGGAGGCAACCUGGCUUAAGCUCCAAUGUAAAAAGUUCCAAAAUUUUUUGAUAGUAGUCUUAGAUUGUGACUAUUCUUGAAUCGUACGGCUAUUCAGAUGUCCUUUUUCGUAUAUUCUGAAGUAAUUUUAUAAUUUUUAAAUGACUCAUCUUUUGUUGUAUAUUAUGUUGGUUGUGUAACCCAUCUACAGUUCACUUGAAAGUUUUGUUCAUAGUGAAUGUGAAAACCUGUUAUUUUAUGCA